AUGCCGACCCCUGCGCUGCUCUGCGCGCUUUGCUUCUGCCUCUUGGCCGCGGCCGCUCGCGCCGGCUACUCGGAGGACCGCUGCAGCUGGAGGGGCAGUCUCUGCACCCCGGGCCUCAGUUUCGUUCUCCGCCAGUGGACGCGGCUCUUGGUGCUUCCGGGGACGGAGUGCAAGGGGAACGGGCUGGCCGGCGGCCUGACCCAGGAGCCCGGCAGCGUGGGACAGCUCUCCCUGGCCUGUGCGGAGGGCGAGAUCGAGUGGCUGUACCCGGCCGGGGCGCUGCGCCUCACCCUGGGCGGCUCCGAGCCUGGCGCGCAGCCGGGCAUCGUCUGUUUGCGGCCGACGCGGCCCUUCGCAGGCGCCCAAGUCUUCGCGGAGCGGGCCACCCCGCAUCCCGACCUCAGCCGCCGCGUGGCCUCCUUCCGCUUCGAGCUGCGGGAGGACGGGCGUCAGGAGCUGCCCCCGCAGGCCCGCAGCCUUGGAGCGGAUGGAGUGUCCAGCCAGGGGAGGGCUCAGGGCUCCACUCCUGACCUGCCCUACAUGUCAGCUACCUGUAGACCCUGCAGUCAUGCCGAGCUCCUCCUGGCCGUGUGCACCAGUGACUUUGUGAUCUACGGAAGCAUCCUUGGAGUCGCCCACGAUGCAGAGCUACAGGAAUCUGUCAUCACCGUGGCAGCUGCCCGCGUCCUCCGCCAGACACUGCCGGUUUUCCGGGUGGGGGGCUCCGGGGGCCAGGGGCAGGCCUCCAUUCGCACCCCACUGCACUGCGGUGUGCACCCCGGCCCUGGCACCUUCCUCUUCAUGGGCUGGAGCCGCUUUGGUGAGGCCUGGCUGGGCUGCGCUCCCCGCCUCCAGGAAUUCAGCAGUGCCUACGCAGCUGCCCACGCUGACCACCUGCACCCCUGCGAGGUGGUGCUGGACUGA